AUGGUUGACGCAAUGCACGCUGCUUUUAUUAUUUUUGCAUUUGUUAUAUCUGCAACAAACGCCAUAAGAUGUCAAAUUUAUUUUCGUCGAGGAAAAUCAGCAUCAAAGAUCAAUGAAACAGAGGAUUGUGAAUCAAGCUCUUGCUGUUUUACAGCUGAAUUACAUCACAAUCGUCACAUAUUCCAAAUAAAAGGUUGUGAUGCAGAUGAUAUACAGGAUGAUAUGUUAAUUUAUGUUCCAUCACUUACUGGAAAACCAUGGGAAAAUAUCAUGGAAGCAUGUUUGGCUAGCGAAUGCAGAGUGCAUAAUGAUUUAUUAGGUGGUAAAGGUGAAAGCUAUUUAUGCGGAUGUGAUACGGACUAUUGCAAUGAAAAAUCAUUUCAAGAUACAUUUCCACGACUUAAAAAUAAUAAUAAUAAUAAUAAUACAGCAUCUAAGGCUAGCAUGUUAAAUGAUAAUUUAUUUCGGUUCAUAAGUGGAAGUGGAAUAAUAAUACGAGUAUUUCUUUUAAAUAACUAUUCAUUUUCACCAUUUGAAAAAAUAAUUUAA